AUGAAAAACUGCUGGCACAAAUUUGCGGAUGUACGUCCAGAUUUCAAAACGUGUGUCGACUAUUUGAAAGGGUACAUGAGAAAAUGUGCUGGCGAGCUCCUCGCGCAUGUCGACAAUGAACUUUACCUGGAGCUUGAAAAACAGUACGAACUUGAAGAAUGGCUUAUGACAGAUCGCCCAAAAUUUCAAGGAGGAACAUUUAUCAGAAAGCCGAAAAAUAAUGAAGAGCCGCCCACCGGACCAUGUCUCAUUGUGGAAAGUUCCGCAUGA